GGCAGCAUUGGAAAUUCUCUCAAGUGAGUCGAUCGAUUAACAACUUUGCGAAGUGGGUGUAUUUGGUGCCCUUUAAAACUGCUGAUUCUCUCAGGCCAUCCUCGAAAUCAGGAUGAAAUCAGCCUAAUUCUUCAAAGUACGAAAGCAGUGACUUAUCCGAUAAACGACCGAAUUUCGUCAUUAUGGCAGUUGCAGGAAUGCCAGUUGACCCGUGGGUCAUCUUGCCUAAGGAAAGAGAGCGCUUCGAGAUGCAGUUCCAUGGCCUGAAGCCAAUCAACGGCCACAUCACUGGUGAUCAGGCCAAGGGCUUUCUGCUCCAGUCGCAGUUGCCGCCACAGACUCUCGGCCUCAUUUGGGGUCUCGCGGACAGAGACGCUGAUGGAAAGAUGGACAUCAAUGAGUUCAGCAUCGCGUGUAAGCUGAUCAUGCUCAAGCUGAAGGGCGUCGAAGUGCCCCGCGCGUUGCCCACGUCGCUGCUUACCUCCCUCGCGGCAGUUAGCACCCCACCGAUGGCCGCCGGAACGCCACCGCAGGUGCCGCCGCCCCCAAAGAUCACUCCUCCUGCCGUGCCUCCGAUGAUGGCGCAGCCGCCAAUCAUACCACCGGCCCCUGUGCUCGCUCAUGGGCCGGGUAUGGUGAUGCACCAACAACCCCAAAUGGUCGCUCCUCAUCCAGGCAUGGUCCCGAUGGCUCCGCAGGUCCAGCCCAUGAUGAUGCCCGGCAUUCAACCGAUGGUUGCUCCGCAGAUGCCCCCACAGGUCGCUCCAAUGGUUGUCCCAAUGAGCGCUCCUCAAGUGGUCCCGAUGGUCGCCCCUAUGGUGGCCCAUCCCCCUGUUCUGCCGCCGCAGCCUAGUUUGGGCACUCCGCCCCUGAUGUCGCCACCAACAGUAGAUGUUCCUAUGGCUGCUCCAGUCGUACCGCCAAUGGUCCCUCCGCCCUCGGAGGCCGCUAAACAGCGGUCAGGGUCGGUGGUCAGCGUUGAUCUCAAUUCGCCCUUGGAAUGGUCCGUGCCACACCAGUCAAAACUAAGGUACACUCAGGUGUUCAACUCGAACGACAGGACAAGGUGCGGCCACCUGACUGGCCCACAGGCCAGGAACAUUCUCAUCCAGUGGCGCCUCCCACAGGCAACCCUCGCCCAAAUCUGGGCUCUUUCUGAUCUGGACUCUGACGGACGGCUCUCUUGUGACGAAUUUGUGCUCUCGAUGCACCUCUGUGAGAUCGCCAGUAAAGGCGAGAAGAUUCCUCAGGCGCUGCCGCUCGACCUUAUUCCACCUUCCUUCCGGAGGGGUCGCGUCGGCAGCCUGAAGGCCGUCAGUGGCACCACCACACCCACCGGAAUCCAGUCAGGGCCUGGCAGUGUAGAUGGCGACCUCGGCAGCCCAACCAGUCAAUCUUCUUUUGAAGACAAAAGGAAGAAGAACUAUGAAAAGGGUCAGGCUGAGCUGGAAAGGCGCAGGAGGGCACUGCUUGAGGUGCAGAAGAAAGAGCAGGAGGAGCGGGAAAGAAAGGAGAGGGAGGAACACGAAAAGCGAGAGAAACUGAGAUUGGAGCAAGAGCGAAAGCAGCAAGAAGAACUUGAGCGUCAGCUGCAGAUGCAGAAGGAGCAGGAAGAGAAGCAGGAGGAGGAGCGGCGCAGGGCCCAGGAGCAGAAGGAGGCAGCUAGGAAGGAAAUGGAACGUCAAAGACAGCUUGAGUGGGAGAAGCAGCGCAGCCAGGAGCUGCAGCAGCAGCGCCAGAAGGAACAGGAGAAGGUGCUCCAGCUCAAGGCGCAGAACCAGAACCUGGGCAUCGAGCUUUCUCAGAAGAGCGAGAAAGUGCGGGAGCUAUCACAGAAGAUAUCUGAGACAAGAGCUGCCGUUUCAGCUGUGAAAACAACGAUUGACGGGAUGCGCGCCACCCGCGACGAAAGUAUGGCUGAAAUGAGCGCUCUCAAGGCUAAAUUGAGGGAGCAAAACAACCGGUUAGUUAAUCUGUCUCAGGAGAAGGCUCGAAUGGACGCGAGGAACAGGGCCAACUCUGCCGUUGACGGCGCUGAUGUUAACCACGCGUUUAAUAAUAAACAAAUCAUUCUGAAGCAAAUGCAGGAUAAGCUUAAUGAGCAGGAUAAGGAGAACGAGCAGAAGAGGCAAGACAUCAAGAACAACAACCAGGCUCUGGCUGAGCUCAGGAAGACGCUGAAAGGUCUGAUCGAUCGAUGCGAGAUAAGUUAUCCAGAUUUUGAAGACAAGAGGCAGAAAGUGUGCAUUAUGAAGAACCGCGUUGUAGAUGACUACAACGCGCAGUGGGGCGAUUCUGGCACCACUAACACCUGGACCUCGCAGGAGCCGAACCAAAACACCUGGAAUACUGAUUCAACUUGGUCCUCCACCACCGUUCCUCAACCUGAGGCGACUCCGGUUGAAGCUGUACCUGGCAUGACAAGAUACAGAGCUCUCUUUGAAUUUGUUGCACGCAACCCCGACGAGCUGAGCUUCCAGCCGGGAGACGUGAUCCUUGUACCAGACGACCACAACGCUGAACCUGGCUGGCUGGCUGGAAAAAUCAGGGACUCAACAGGCUGGUUCCCCGAGUCAUACGUUGAGAGGAUAGACACGGAGGUGGUCUCGAAUGGCAAUGUGGCUGCUGUCGAGACCGAAGAGCGCAAGCCACUGGAGGGAAUCGCUGAGGUGCCUGAGACAACAAGUGACAAUGGAUCCCUGACGGACCAUGGUCCAGCGGUGGUCGAUCCCGUGUCAACUCCCACCCUGGGCACUGGUCAGACAAUGCCAAACGUGUUCGCUCGCACUCUCUACUCAUUCAAGGGCAAGAAGGCGAGCCACUUGAACUUCAGCAAAGGCGUCGUCAUCACAGUGCAUGAGCAGCAAGACCAGUGGAGUUAUGGCGAGCUUAAUGGCCUCCAAGGUUGGUUCCCCAACUCGUAUGUCAAGAUCGAGGACUCAACACCUUCAAUCGCGGCAGCUGGAGAGUACUACAUGGCGAUGUAUCCGUACCAAUCUGAGGAGUCGGGAGACCUCAGCUUCAACCAGGGUGAAGUUAUUUUGGUAUCAAAGAAGGACGGUGAGUGGUGGACGGGAACAAUCAAUGGAGAGAAGACCGGCCUGUUCCCCGCCAGCUAUGUCUCAAUUAUUGAGACGCAGGAAGCGCCUGACCAGCCUGAUAACACGGGAGUCGAUAUCAACGCCGCUGUGGCUGCGGUUGCGGCCUCCCAGGAGACCCAGGCUGAAAAGUCUGCUUUACAUGACGAAGUCAAGCAGAUCACCGAGCAGCAAAACUUUAAGGCUAAAACUGAGUCGGUUACAACGCCAGAUUCACUUGGGUCUAAGUCACCUCUGCCUAUGGGCAAAGGCAAGAAACCAGAAAUCGCUCAGGUUCUGGCCCCAUACAAGGCGACCAGUACCGAGCAGCUCAGUCUCAACCGCGGCCAGUUAGUGAUGGUGCGCAAGAAGACCACAACCGGCUGGUGGGAAGGUGAGCUGCAGGCCAAGGGUAAGAAGCGCCAGGUCGGCUGGUUCCCCGCAUCCUACGUCAAGCUCCUCGUCUCGUCAGGCACUGCCAGCGGCCGCACUACGCCAACAGCCAAGUUCAGGGACACGCCUAGUCCGAUGCCAGGAAAAGAUCGGGUUAUCGCCAUGUACUCGUACGUGGCUCAGAACUCUGACGAGCUGAGUUUCGAAAAAGACGAAGUGAUCACGGUGACCUCUCGCGAUGACCCUUCAUGGUGGAAGGGUGAACUGCACGGCUUGUCAGGCCUCUUCCCAAGCAACUAUGUCUCCGCUAUUCCGACGGACAACUCCAGGAUGAGUGGCCCCGAACGCGCCAGACAGGGCUACAUCACCGAACUGAUCGAGACCGAGCAAAGCUACAUCAACGACAUGACUGUCGUCCACGAGGCGUUUGAAAAGCCGCUGCUGGAGUCAAAUGUCAUCAGCAAGGAGGACGUGGAGAAAAUUUUCGUCAACUGGAAGGACAUACUGCAGUGCAACUGCGUCUUCCUAAGUGCGCUCAGGGUGCGUCGAGACAUGAGUCCUGGAGGAGAAAUUCGCAUGAUAGGUGACAUUCUGUGCGAGAACUUACCUCGAAUGGCUGCGUACGCACGUUUCUUCAGCUGCCAGUUGCGCGCCGCCGACCUGCUGCAGUACCACACGGAAAAUACUCCCGAGUUCCGUAGCUUUGUGCGGCAGUGCGAGAUUCAAUCUGUGGCCAAGGGUCUGCCCCUCAGCUCGUUUCUCAUCAAACCCAUGCAGAGGAUCACUAAAUAUCCCCUCAUCAUCAAAAAGAUUCUGGAAAACACACCUGAAGACCACCCAGACCACCAGAACCUAGAAGAAGCAAUGGCCAGCGCCGAAGAAUUCUGCACGCUUGUAAACGAAGGGGUGCGCGAGAGGGAGGACUCUGAUCGACUGGAGUGGCUGCAGCGCAACGUGCAAGCUGACCAACUCGAAGAACAACUCGUCUUCAACUCCCUGACCAACAUGCUCGGACAGAGAAAGUUAAUCCACUUUGGUGUCCUGAAAAAGGUUAACAGUGGACGAGAGCUAGUUGGCUUCUUGAUGAAUGACUUCCUCCUCCUUGCGAGUCCCAACAAACCUCUCAAAAGUACUGCCUUCUCAUUCGAGCGGCACAAGGGCAUCACGAUGAAGAUCUACAAGAAGCCGUUUUUCUUAAACGAAAUCAAGUUCAGCGCCGGCAACGAGAACGAGGAGCUUGUGCUGCAGGACGACAACCGGAGCUACUUGCUGAACGCGCCGUCGUACUCAGAACGGAGUCUUUGGCUUCGACUCCUAACUGAGGCCAAAUCGGCCUUUCUUGAAAAGGAGAGCAGCUUCCUUCUGCGUCAGCAAUCAAAGAAAAGCAGUUUUGGCGCUAUAGGCCGUGUGAUGAUAGCCGUCAUCGACGCUGACACCCUAAGCCAAUCGUCUGUUCGUCAGCGCCCUCCUAAGGGCUCUCUCCAAAUCUUGCAUGUCUCUGGGGAGCAAAUUGGCUCAAAGGGUUCCUCAGGCAAGAGUGACAUUUUCUGCGAUGUCAGCAUGGGAUCUCAGGAGAAGCGGACUCCCGCAGUUAGCGGUCCGAAUCCCAAGUGGAACUUUAACAUGCAAUUCCUCAUCAAGGACCUCAACGAGGACGUUCUGUGCUUCACCGUUUUCAGCAAAGGCUACUUCGCACCAAAUGAGUUCCUUGGUCGAGCUGAGGUGCGCAUCAAAGACAUUCCGUUCGACGCGACGUCGGCCUCAACUGGUCCAUUCAAUAACACGCUACGCCUGCGCGAGGUGAAGUCGGGCACACUGUCCAUCAAACUGGACCUCAGACUGUUCGAGUCGACCAGCAUUCCCAGCCACCGGCAGAGGCUUAUUUGAUAUAUCAAGAAGCGAACAAAACUAUUAGUUUUUUAGCCGACAAUUUAUAUUUUUCGCACCUCGUCUUCCGAUACAUGCUUUUUUGAGCAGCUAAUUGUACAACUUUAUCAGUUGGAAAACUGUAAUUUAUUUAUUAUAUUUACUUAAUUUUCUACUGUAAAAGCAAUUUAAACUCAGAUUUAGCGCAAUAAAUAUUCAAGAACUGCACCAUGCCUGACACUUUUACGCUGUCUUUCAAUGUACAAAAUCAAGUUUAAAACUAUAGAACUGAUUGUAAAAGUACGUCUCAUUCCGCUUCAUGAAUAUUUUUAUUCUGGAUGGCAACAAAGAAAUAAAUGUUUAGGAGAUGAUGUUUCUACUGGAA